GAUGACAAAGGCUGGUUUCGAAUAUGAAAAAGACCCUAAAAGAAAAGGGGAAAUUAGUUGUGAUUUCGUCAUUCAUAGGCAAUGCUGAUCUACACAAUCUAAAACCCUAAUUUGUAAACCUGGUUUGGUCUUGAACCCCAAAACAGCAGGCAAUUAUCCCCAAUUUCACUUCUUAUCCGACUUCAAACCCUAACCCUCUCCCAUUUCAAAGUGUUGUUACCUUCGAACCCAUGUUCCUUCCCCAAUAACCGACUCGUAUGCCUCAUCGAAUCCACAUUUGAGUGUAAUUGAUGGGUUGCACGCAUUUUGAGCCCGACAGAGCAGUAGAUUCGCUGAGCGGGAUCGUAUCGCAGACUACUGAUUCAACUACGUGCGAACAUGGUGGUGGGACUUUGAGCGAGACCAAGAACGUGUCCACAGUCAUGCAGUCCGCUGGUAACUCCGGUGUUUGGACUCAGCAUGUGGUGAACGAUGUUAUAAUAACAUCAUGGCAGGCCGAAAGCAGCAGCCAACCAAUGCAAUGUGAGGUAUGUAAUAUUACUUGUACUAGUGGGGAUGUGCUCGAGAUACACAAAAAAGGAAAAAAACACUUAAAGAAUCUGCAAAAGUUAGCGAUUACGGCUCUCAUUGCACCACAAAUGCCACCAGUGGCUCCAAGUGCACCUUUAGUCGGAGUGUUGGAGAAUAAGAAGCAUAAGUUAUUGCAAAAUGGAGCCUCGGUUGAUACGUUGAUAUAUUGCGAUAUUUGCAACGUGGUCUGCAAUAACCAAGACGUAUUUAGGAAGCAUCUUGACGGUAAAAAGCAUUCUGCAAAGGCGGCCGCUCGGCUUGCUGAUGUGAACGAGAUCUCUAACCCUACAUCAGAGUGCGUUCCCGAGGCUCAGCCUUCCAAUGGCGGUUCACAGAUGAAACCUGACACCCUUCAACCUGCCAGGUGUGAACUCUGCAAUAUCAGCUGUACCAGCAAUGAAGGCCUCAGCGUACACUUAACGGGAAAGAAACACCUGAAGAAACUUCUAGAAUCAGAUCAAAUACCCGAUCCGUCCUUGACCCCUAUCGCUUCACUUGGCACACCUCCCACCAAACCUAUGGAAAACCUAGAGUCGACGGAGGGCAAAUCCGUCAUUUCGCACGAAGGUAAACCUGCGUGGUGUGAACUUUGUGGGAUCGAUUGCAACACUUAUGAUGGGCUCCGAAACCACAUAUGGGGAAAGAAACACCAAAAGAAGUUGGAGAUAUCAGAAAAACCAAUUGGACCAAACCCUGCCCCUGCUACCUUGCAAGAUUCAUGGAAAGAAGAGGGCAAAGUUGUCAAUGUGGAUGGUGGUAACAGGAAGGCGAAGAGGGUGGGAAAUGAUGAGGAUUUGGAGACAAAGAAACAAAAGGUAUUAAAAGGUGGAGCAGCAUCUGGUGCUGUAAGGACUUGUACUGUGUGCAAUGUGGUUUGUAACAGCCCCACUGUGUUUAUUUCUCAUCUUGCUGGUCAGAAGCAUGCUGCAAUGGCUGUGAAACAAGCAGAAACCAAAUCAAAUGGUCAAGAAACAUGAACCCUUUUUGGUCAAUUUUCGACUCGGUUUCUCUAAGUUGUCUUGCUUUUUUGUGUAGCGAAUCUGAAUGGUUAUCGUAGAACGUUGAUAUGAUUGAUCGUGGUGGUGGCUGCGGCGGCGGUGGUAACAAUGACUUUGUUGGACGUGGUGGUUUAGUAUUAAUGAAUUUAUGAUACCGGAAGAACCAAUUGGUUCUUGGGUUUUGUUUUUAUAUGUAAAAAGACCAAAAUACCCUUCGAUUUAACCGAGUUAACAAAGUUU